GUACCGAUCCCAUCGUUUCUGUGGUAACUCACCAAUAUUCCCAAAUAGGUAAUGCUAUUGAUGAUAGAAAGAAUGGUGGUGCUUAAACGUAUGAACUGAAUUUACCUGAAUUUGAUUUGAUGAUUUGUCAUGUUUAGUGUUUGCAACUACCUUUGUUUUGUUAUUUCAGCCCCAUGGACCCAUCCGUACCUCCCAAGCACCCAGUAGUGAGCGGUGCAACCACUAACGAUGAGCAGGUUAAACCACGCAGUCUCCGUUUCACUUGGAGCAUGAAAACCACGAGUAGUCGAGAUCCGAACGAAAUCAUGUCAGAAAUACGAAAGGUAUUGGACGCGAACAAGUGUCAGUACGAGCAACGCGAAAGGUUCCUGCUUCUCUGCGCACACGGCGACGCGGCGACAGACAGCCAAGUACAAUGGGAGAUCGAAGUCUGUAAACUGCCACGGCUUUCUCUGAACGGUGUACGGUUCAAACGGAUCUCAGGCACGUCGAUCGGCUUCAAAAACAUUGCUAGCAAAAUAGCGAACGAACUCAAGCUGUGACUGCCGACAACUGGCGCCCUAUCCACUCGCGCCAAUCCAUAACGCUCUCGUGAUCGAUGACACGGAUUCACGGUUACCGACGACUUUCAUUUUUCCUUCUUCUGGGACUCUAAUCCGGUCGGCGAUAUCGGCACCGAUACCGACACCGACACCGACACCGAUAUCGAUAUCGAGUCCGACACUGAUUCCGGUUCUCGUUCUGGUUCCGGCCCCGGUCUCAGUUCCGGUUCCGGUUCCAACUCUCAUUCCGAUACCAAUAACCGAGAAAUCUUCGUUUGAAUCUUGUCCCAGUCGAGCAACGAAAGUAAACGUCGGCCGAGUCGAGCUCUCACUGAUCAUUGAUCACCGGUCACCGAUCCAACGAUCUAUCAACGCGUUACGCCGUCGUCCCGUGUUAAUUCUUCGAAAGCCUCGAAAACAAAUCACUGUAAUCCGUGACCGUUGAACGCGCGCGUAUUCAAAUACUCCCGAGUGCCAAAAAAAAAAAAAAAAGAAAGAAAAGAAAAGAAAAGAAAAAACGAAACGAAACGAAACGAAACGAAAUGAAGCGAAAGGUCGGUUCAUUCGUGAAAUCGUCUGGACGCGGAACAAUACAAUGAGAGAAGACUGUCGUGUGGGAGUGUGAGUAGAACUGUGGAGAGGUGUUGAUCGGACAAAGAUGUGAAUGAAUCCAAUGGCGCCACGGAGAAGGGAAAAGACGCGGAGGCAAAAGGAAGGAAGAGAAGGGGAAUCGAAAUAGAAAAUCGACCAACGAGUCGAACGUGUACCGCGUGUCGAACACUACACGACCGUGGUAAAACACUGUUUCUCUACAUGUUCUUCUCGUUUUGGCAUGCAAAGGACAGUUCCUGACAACUUCGAUAACCCGAAGAUAAUCGUACGCAUCGUCGUAUCGAUCGUUUCGAGACGCCCGAUGCCCAUCAAUCGUAACUCUCUCGAUCGCGCACGUCACGCCAGUACGGCCCGCCGUCAAGUUGAAAACGCUAGACGCUUACACAGUAUUAUGUACUCAGAGCAACGUUCGUUCGCAACACCGUCUCCUGUGGCAACUGUGAAAAAAAAAAAAUCGCCGUUUUGCGUAACCUCAGCCAAUCCUGUAUUCGCUUACGCUCUUCUUCCUCGGAGUUACACUCGAUCUCUUUUGUAUUUUCCAAUUUCUUUCUCCUUGCCUUGUUCAUUUGUCGAACUCGUUAACGGGAGGGUAGGAGGGGGAGGAAAAAAAAAGAAACAGAAAAAAGAAAAAAGAAACACGUUCUACGUCUUUAUUUGCUACAUCUUUAAACUGUGCCUAACGAGAUGCGUAUCGAUGAAAUUGAUGAUACUUUCUUCUCCAUGCGGGAGAAAAGGAGACGGGAGCAAAGAAGAAGAAAUCGGAAGGGCCAAGAUGAAAGGAAGAGACGGGAUGAAUAGGAGAGACAAGAGAGGGCCGCACUCUUCGGAGAAAAGUGGAUGUUUUGAUCGAGACGUUCGAUCGAGAGCCGCGCGCAUUGUGCAGAAUACCUACUAUAUCCGAGAGUCUUUCUUUUCGCAACGUUCACUUUUUCGAAUUGUUUUAUAUAUGUAAGGAGCACUUAAGAAGACAAGCGGUCUGUUUGUACAUAAUCGAUCAAACUAUUCGAAUAAUCUGUAAAGGAAUACGUAGACUUUUACUCGUACACAUACGGGAGGAAAAAAAGCAUCUUCACACACUUGUCGUUCGUUGAACGUUUGAAAGGAGUUCAACCAUUUCGAUAUAUUAUACCGCGAGUGUAUAUCAACACGCACGCGCCGAACCAUUUACACACUUUCAAAUAUUUUUACAACAACCUACUUUUUUAUCUAUAUCAUAAGUUUAAAAACAAAAAAAAAAAAACCAUGCGACACUGUAGGCAGAUCAGCCAAAUUAAUUAAUUAACGCGUUAUUACUAUUACUAUUAUUAUCAUUAUCAUUAUUAUUAAUAUUAUUAUUAUUAUUAUUAUUAUUAUUAUUAUUAUUAUUAUUGUUAUAUAUAUAUAUUUUUAUUUUUAUUUUUAUUAAUAUUAUACCGAUAACGUUACGACACAAUGUUAAACGUAUCGGGACAGAAGUAGAGAAAGAGGAGCCACUAAUUAUCGUAACUUAAGGAUUAUUAUCGAUCGAAUCUACUCGUAUAUAUCUCGCGCAAGUAACAAUGCAAGUACUUUGCUCCGAAAAAAGGGAAGAAAAAAAUAAAACAAUUCCGGAAUAAUACCUAGCAAAUAUGCACGCGCGCACGACAUCGUCGAUAACGAGAUCUGUUAUUUCUACGAAGGAUACUAUGUAAGAUUAUAUUUAAGUAUUGUAAUUGGCUAUAUACUAUUACGCUAUUUAACCUUUUAUUCGCAAAUGUAAUCGCGAUUAAAUGAAGUUAAAUUAGGAAUUAUUGUAAAUGUAGAGGCGACUAGAGAGACUUGGUGUAUAUAUAUAAUAUAAUAUACGAAGGUACUAAAUUAA